UACCUCGAGCCGGCUCAGAACGCGUCUUCAGUUGGUCCUCAGACCUAGGAAGAGUGCAAGCCAACCGUCUCCAGACCGAACUUCAUCGCCGAAGAGCCGACAGUUUCCAGCCCGCACAUCAUCGCCGAAGGGCCGACAGACUGCCAAGAUGCGCCCGCUGGUUCCCGUGCUGGCCUUCUGCCUCGCGUUCCUCCCGGCCGCUGUGAAGUGUGCUCCAACAGAAGACGAUCUCGAGGAUGAUCUAGACACGGUCCUGCCUGAUGCGAACGCGCACUCCAUCCAAACCCCCCCGAUCCCAGAGGAUUUACAAGAGGUCCUGGCUCACGAGCCGAUCCCCGAACCACCAGAUGGACAGGAAAUAGAAGAAGCUGACGAAUUUGAAGACCACGAGAUCAAGAAGAGGGCUGCCGGAAAAGACUGCAGCCAAGACUUUUUCUACUACAGGUGCCGUUGUCGUAUAUGGGCUAAACAAGGCUUCUGCACGGGCUAUUUCCAGCAAUUCAUGACAAUUUUUUGCCCGAAGUCAUGUGCACAGCAUUACGAUUUCUGCAUCAAGCCAGAGGAGACUUGUGAGGACGUCUGGCCUUCUUCCGACUACUGCAAAGACAUGUCCGAGACAGUUUCUGCCUCGCAUCCAAUUGCCGUAGAAUGUUGUCCCGAGACUUUCGACCUUUGCCCCACUCCUCCACCUCCUACUUCUCAACUGUCCGAAUUCGACCAAAACUGUUUGGACAACCACAACGCAAAGCGUCAAAUUCACAACACGCCUCCAAUGGCCUGGUGCGAGAAGUGCGCAGAGGAGUCCAAAAGGGUCGCCAUAAAGCUGAAGAAUCGUUUCGUCAGGAGCGGGUUCAAAGUUCACCCUCUCAAACACUCCACUCGGAGGGAGCGGACCUGGGUUGUGGAUGGGAAGAGCUGUCAGCACGGAGAGAACAUGUACUGGACGUUUAGCUCUGCGCCGAGCUGUACCGGGGAGACUAGGUACGAAAACUGCAUUGAGUCCUGGUACGAGGAGCUGGGAAUCUACAAAAAUAAGCGGAGGGGCGGACGUCCUGUUAAGCGCAAAGAUAUCAGCCUUUACGGCCACGUAACCCAGAUGCUGUGGAAGGCAUCCACCGGGGUUGGGUGUGCGAGGUCCGGCGAUGGACCCAACAACAUCCUGGUCUGCAUGUACGAGGCCAGCGGCAACUUGCUCUCCACCACGCAGUUCAACCGGAAUGUCAAUGUCGAUCUUUAAACCACACGUCUACGUCACAUCCGGUCCGACAACGACGACGAUUAUGAUCUAUGAUGACAAGUAAUACUAGUGACAUAAGACAGAAAUUAUAUGCGGAAGUUGUAUAGCUCUAUCCCCGAAGAUAGGUUCUUUCAAAACAGUCUUACGUAAGUCUUACGUUGUUAGAUAAUAUGUUCUUGUUGCUAUGUAUAUGAUUAUAACAGUGACAGUACCCCCAGAAUGUUCCCACCUUUCUAUGUUCCAACUGUGGCUGGGACUUCCCUGUUAGGAUAGGACAGAUUAGACAAGACGCUGCCCACAGACAUAACACCAGAGUGCUAGAAUUAUCUAUUGAGAUGAAAGGAUGCCUAACUACUAAACAGUUAUGUUCUAACAAGUUUGCCUUAAAUUUCAGAACUUGUCUUUAGUCAGCGAUAUGUCAUGGAGCUACAUUAUAACUAUCUUAACCCGAUUUACAUAUCAGUCAGACAACGAGCCAGUAACUUUGUUAUGUUUAACGUUUUUUCUAGUUACUCAUAUGUAAGUGUUUACUCGGCCUGCCAGAAAAGUGAUGGCUGUCACUCGAAACGGCUAAAGUAAUCUCCGUAAUUCAUCCGGUAAUACAGUCUGACUUGUUCAAUGAUGAUAAUCUUAUCGCAAUUGGCUUGUUGUCUGUUGACAAUCAAUUUUCUUUUGACCAUUUAAACCGUUUUUACUGUUAUCUCGCUUUGUGUCUUAUGGUAUUAAAGAUGAGCACUCGAAGAAUUGUGGUGAAGGUGACUCUUUGAAAUCUACAUCAUGUACAUUUUAUUAUGUUAGAAUGACUAUCGUAUUCAAGACAUGAAAUAAAAUGUGAAAUUACCGUUCCG